AUGCUCAUAACUCAAUGGCUGGUCCAUUGCGCCCUGGCCUUUGCUACCACGACCUUCUCCCAGCACAUUCAAUCCCAAUUAAAUCUCGGACUCGAGCAGCCGGUCGGGCUCAAUGACUUUGAGCUAAGCAAGAAUGCGUUGUUCUCGCUACAUAAAACUCUGGUCAACAUUGAGUCCAUCUCAGGCAAUGAGCAAGCCGUUGGAGAAUUUCUAGAAUCUUACCUCAGAUCUCACAAUUACACAGUCGAGAGACAAAAUGUCGACCCUCUACCCACAGGCUUACAGCACUCCCAAGCAGGAGAGCUUAGAAGGCACAAGCAGAGAUUCAAUCUCCUAGCCUACCCUGGAGAAAACCGGCAGACUCCAGUUCUACUGUCGAGCCAUAUCGACACGGUUCCUCCACACUACGGCUAUGAGAUUCACAGGCAUGAUCAAAUAUUCGGCAGGGGAAGUGUGGAUGCCAAAGGUUCCAUCAGUGCACAGAUCUAUGCGACUCAAGAGUUGCUCGCUUCUGGAGAAAUCUCCGCUAAUGAUGUCUCCCUUCUCUUCGUUGUUGGGGAAGAGACAGGGGGCGAUGGAAUGAGAAAGGUCAACGACCUUGAGAUGGAAUGGCAGACCGUCAUCUUCGGCGAACCGACAGAGCUCAAACUCGCGACUGGACACAAGGGUAUUAUGAUCUUGACGAUCAAAGCCCACGGAAAGGCUGGACACAGCGGAUAUCCAUGGCUUGGCCAGAAUGCAAACCACAUGCUCAUGCCUGCUCUAAUUACUUUACAGAAGUUGGCACUUCCAAGCUCCGAGAAGUACGGCAACAGCACAUUGAAUAUCGGCCACAUGUCAGGUGGGGUUGCUGCCAACGUAAUCGCUGAAGAAGCCUACGCAAGGAUUGGUAUUAGGAUUGCUGCUGGAUGCCCGGAAACUGUGAAGAAGUUGGUAUCAGACGCUGUAAAGGCGGUGGACGAGGACCUAGAGCUUGAUUUCAGUGACGGCAGUUAUGGGCCAGUAUACAUUGACAGUGACGUGGAAGGGUUCGAGACCGUUUCAGUUAAUUAUGGAACAGAUAUACCGAACCUCAAGGGGAAGCACAAGCGAUAUCUUUAUGGUCCAGGGAGUAUCUUGGUUGCUCACUCAGAUCACGAGCAUCUGAAAGCUAGCCAUCUAUUGACAGCCGUGGAGGGCUACAAGAGGCUUGUGAGGUCUGCUCUAAAGUCGUGA